AUGAAGUUGCUAAAAUCGAGUCUGCUGCUUUUGCUUCCCUUCGUGACAGCAAACCCCAUUCCAUCGGAGGACAAAGAUAUCAUUCCUGGGAGAUACAUUGUCACUCUGAAGGAUGGUAUCACCCAGGAGGAUAUUGAGUACCAUAAAUCCUGGGUCGCAUCUGUGCAUCGAUCAAACCUUGCUGCAGCAACGGCUGCUGGCCGCCCCAGAUUAGAAACUGAGGGCAUUCGCAAAUUUUUCCAGAUCCAUAAAAUGAAUGCUUACUCUGGAGCUUUUGACGACCAGACUGCCGAGGAUAUCAGACGCAACCCCUAUGUUAAAUCCGUUACCCCUGACCGAAAGGUCUACCUUGCUGAUACUGUUGUGCAAGAAAAUGCAGGAUACAACCUUGGACACAUGUCAAGCAAAGGGAGACAUUCAUUCACCUAUAGGUAUGAUAGCACGGCAGGAGAAGGGAUUUGGGCAUACGUUUUGGACACUGGUAUCAAUGUGGACCACAUUGAAUUUGAAGGACGGGCCGAUUCAGGGUAUAAUGCUAUUAAGAAUGUCUCAAACACGGAUAACUUUGGACAUGGCUCGUUUACAGCCGGCAUAAUUGCCGCAAAGACAUAUGGGGUUGCCAAAAAGGCAACUGUGAUUUCCGCAAAAGCAUUCGACACUGGCUCAAGCACGUACGAUUAUAUUUUUGAUGCGUACAACUGGGUUGUCAAGAACAUCACUGAUUCCGGGCGGCAGAAAAAGUCCGUCGUUAACAUGAGCAUCAGCAGUGCGAAGUACCAGCCAUUCGACGACGCUGUUGACAAUGCCUUCGAGGCCGGUAUUACAACCGUUGUUGCAGCAGGAAACGACCAAAGAGACGCCUCGAACAACACCCCUGCUAGUGCGGCCAAUGCCAUCACCGUAGCAUCCAUUCGUUUCGAUAAUGGUCGAUCAUUGUUCUCGAACUAUGGCAGUGUUGUCGAUAUUUUUGCUCCUGGUGAAAGAAUUGUGUCCUGCUGGAUUGGCGGCAACAACGCAACCCGCAAGGCUGAUGGAACCUCGGUGUCAUCUCCCCAUGUUGCCGGAUUGGUUGCAUAUUUGAUGGCCAUCGAGGACCUUCCUGACCCUGCAGCAGUCACCAAGAGGGUUCUUGAUCUCUCAAUCCCUGAUUUGGUUAGGGACCCAGGCGAAGGCAGCCCUAACCGAAUCGCCUACAAUGGUAUUCAGGAAAUGAAUGAAACUGUUAUUGCUUGA